UUGGUAACCUGCACUUGGUGGAUCUUAGAAGGCAAGAUAAAUCCCUAAUGAAGCUCGCGGAAAAAUACGGCCCCAUCUUCACCCUCCACUUUGGGUUCCAGAAAGUUGUGGUCCUGACCGGGUACGAAGUUGUGCGGGAGGCGCUUGUGAACUACACAGAGGAGUUUGUAGACAGACCAUCCAUCCCAAUAUUUGACCAAAUUCAGAACGGAAACGGUUUGUUCUUCUCUAUCGGGGAGCUGUGGAGAACAACUCGGAGAUUCACCGUAUCCAGCAUGCGCAACCUCGGCAUGGGGAAAAAAAUGAUAGAAGGGAGGAUUUUCGAGGAGCUUCACUUCCUUAUCGAGAUGAUCAAAUCCUUCAAAGGGGAGCCUUUUAGCCUGAGGUCCUUCAACUGUGCUCCAAUCAACGUCACCUUCGUCAUGCUGUUUGGGGACAGGUUUGACUAUAAGGACCCAACAUUUCUCACUCUCUUAAGACUCAUAGAUGAAGUUAUGAUUCUUCUGGGAUCUCCGUAUUUGAACUAUUUCAACUUCUACCCGUUCCUGGGAUUUCUUUUCAAAACCCACAAGAUUAUGCUUGGGAAAAUAGAAGAUGUGCGUGUCAUUUUAAGGCAAUACAUGAAGGCAAGCAGGGAGGAUAUCAACGAGAACAGCGUGAGGAGCUACAUUGAUGCACUGAUGUUCAAGCAACAAGAGAAAAACAAGAAAGACAGCGUCUUCCAUGAUGACAACUUAAUAGCAUCCAUACUCGACCUGGUCAUGGCGGGAACAGAGACCAUAGCCACCACGCUCCAGUGGGCCAUCCUGCUGAUGAUGAAGUACCCCGAGAUUCAAAAAAAGGUGCAGGAGGAGAUUGGGAGAACCGUCAAAGCUGGAAGCUGGGCCACGUAUGAGGAUCGGAAAAACAUGCCGUUUACAAACGCGGUGCUCCAUGAAGUGCAGAGGUUUAUCACCCUCCUGCCCCACGUUCCCCGCUGCACUGCUGUCGACACCCACUUCAGGGGCUACUUCCUUCCCAAGGGUAUAAUCGUAAUCCCAUCGCUCACCUCAGUGCUGCUGGAUAAGACGCAAUGGGAGACACCACAUCAGUUCAACCCCAACCACUUCCUUGAUGCUGAAGGGAAUUUUGUAAAGAGAGAGGCUUUCCUGCCCUUCUCCACAGGGCGAAGGAACUGCAUUGGAGAAAGCCUCGCCAAGAUGGAGCUGUUUGUCUUCUUUGUAGGGUUGCUGCAGACAUUUACUUUUCAACCCCAGCCAGGAGUUUCAGAAUCUGACUUGGACCUUACUGUCCCCCAGACGACUUUCACAUUAAGGCCUCAGCCUCAGGCAACCUGUGCUGUCCUGCGUGAAUAA